GUGUAGUUUAUCUACCCACCCACCAUUUUACUUGGUUUAGAAGUGCUGUUUGUGUUAAACAAUGUCUGUCAUAUGACGUUGUCAUGUGAUAUGAGGGAAAUCCACUGAAGUGGUUUCUCAGCUGCAAUGCUUCUUACAAGGCCAGUUCUUGUAGGACUCCUAGUGGUGGAUGUGUAUUAUGGUGCCAGAUGACUUUGCCAGACACUGAGCAAUCUCACCUGGAUCCUCUUCUGUCUUUCAAGGCAGUUACUUUUCAUGUCUGUCAAUUGUAAGCAGGUUUUUGGGUCUUUCACCAAGUUUUCUGCAUUCAACUUCUUGAUAUGUAAAAAUGUAUUUGACAUAGCUAUGUUGGUACUUUUUGCUUUACAGGAUACAUUGUUCCUGUUGCUGUUCAUUGUAUGAAUGUUUAUAUUAAUUCAGAUGUUUUUAUAUCGUGUUUACAAGCGAAUGAACGCUUACUGCGCUGGCCAAUGGCUCACUAUAAAGGGUUGAGGAGCAUCAUAUCCUUGCCGUCUGCAUUUUCAUCACUAGUUGGCGCCAGGGGGUCAAUUUCAAGUUGAUUAAUUCACUGGAAACCUGCUGAUGCUUUUAGAGAUUGUGCUUCAUCAGCAUCGAUUAGGCUCUGUCACAGCGGGACAUUUUAUUACAACCGUCUGCCAGCCCUACAAUCCCAUCCGGUCCUGUUCGACGCAGUCAUUAUUGUAACUUUUUAAUGGUGCCUGUUUUAUACGAAACAUGCGCUAAUGGGUCUUUUUCUCUCUCUCUUUUUUUGACAUUUCCAAAUUUUUCAUAUACUUUGCAGUUUAGUGUAGUCAUAUUACUGAUGUCGGGCAGAAUGUAAUAUUUUACAGAGAAACUUUGGGCGCCAUUUACAGAGCGUCUCCUGCUUUCAAGCUUUUCCAUUUUGUUUUCUGUAUUUCAUUGUCUUAGUUUUUACCCGAGUUGCCAUGAUGCAGAUGUGUCUGUUGUCUCUAACGGUUCUGUUUGCCGACGACCUCGCCGGUUCAGUCUUCAGCGCCGCUGCAGAGCCCCCCUUUAAUACGUGUCCUUCGACAUGCGACCCGAGGACGUGCGAGAUCCUGAGCUGCCCCGGCGGAUACGUCCCGGACCGUUGCGACUGUUGCCUGCUGUGCUCCCGGGGUGAGGGCGAACCCUGCGGCCGGGGAAACUACCCUCCGUGCGGGGACGGCUUGGAGUGUCGCUCCCCUAAGGGUCCCGCGGGGAAGCGGAGCUACAAGCGAGUGUGUCAGUGCGAGACGGGUUUUAAGGUGUGUGCCAGCGACGGGAAAACGUACCGGAGUGUGUGUCUUAUGGAGGCUGCCGGCCGGAAAGCGCUCCAGAUGGGUCAAGUUGCUGUCACCCUGGUUCACAAGGGCCCCUGUGAACCAGGCCGACAUUUGGCCUCAUCACACCGCAACAGCCCAAGAUACAAGUUCAACUUCAUAGCUGAUGUGGUGGAGAUGAUUGCUCCGGCCGUCGUACACAUCCAGCUCUUCCUCAGACAUCCCCUCUUUGGUCAGCAUGUUCCUCUGUCCAGUGGGUCGGGCUUCAUCAUCAGCCAGACGGGCCUCAUCGUAACCAACGCUCAUGUAGUUACCUCCGCUGUCACGGUAACCGGCCGACUGGAGCUCCGCGUGCAGCUCCACAGCGGCGGAGGUACGUUUGACGCCACGCUCCGGGACGUGGACCGCAAGGCCGAUAUCGCCACCAUCAAAGUCAACUCACAGAAGAUGCUCCCGGUGUUGUCACUGGGUUGGUCAGCUGACCUGAGGCCCGGGGAGUUUGUGGUUGCCAUCGGCAGCCCCUUCGCACUCCAAAACACUGUUACCACGGGGAUAGUAAGCACAGCCCAAAGGGGUGGAAAGGAGCUGGGCAUUAAGGACUCUGACAUGGACUACAUCCAGACUGACGCCAUUAUUAACUAUGGGAACUCAGGAGGCCCUCUGGUGAACUUGGAUGGCGAGGUGAUAGGCAUCAAUACCUUGAAGGUAACAGCAGGAAUCUCCUUCGCUAUUCCUUCAGACCGGAUCAGACGCUUCCUCACUGAGUCACAACAGAACCAGCACAAUACAGGGACCCCCACGAGGCUGAGGGGUCCUCAUCAUAUCUCAGAGGCCCGUCGGAGGAAGGGGGGUCACAGACACACGGACAUGCAGUUGCAGAUUUAGGAGGCUCUGGUAAACUGCCUCCACACUAAAACCUGUUCUGGUGUUCUCUUGUCAGUCUGAGACUCCCUCCUCUGCUGUUGGUCAGGGGACGUCCAAUGACAAGUGUUGUACAAAAUAAAGUCAUCAGCGAUUGAAUCAUCGCCACCCAAUCAGAACGUACACAUUUUCGAAACAUCGCUAAACCCACUCGUGUUCUGGUUCCGUCCCGACCCUUGGUUUUCUCUGGACCAUCAGAUGGUUUCGAUUGACUUCAUGGUCCCUGGGGAGGUGUUCCUUAUGGAGAACAAGUGCAUAUCCGUGGGCGUGGCCUAACCUUAGGUCUGAGAAAGGACACCAAAAUGGAAGAUUUUUUUUCAGGAAUCAUGUGGUGAAAGUACUCUGAAAAGGGGCGUGGUCGAGGAGGGUGAUGUCAUCAGACUGAACAACCUGUAACUCAGGACCAAGGAAGCAAGGCCCAUUGCUAGGUAACAAGCCCCUCCUCCUGGUGAUUCGCCCUGCCAUCGAUGGCCUGCUGUUUCACUCCCAACGUAUCAUCUUGCAGUGAGAAAACUGUGUUUAAAAAUAAAAAAAUGUAUGUGUGUACAUGUAUGUUUUAGUAAACUUGUCCAACAAACAAGAUUUAAUUGUUUCUAAUUCAAUGUUUUAACGUGUUAGUGUUACAACGUGAUGUUUGAGGGAUUGUAAGAUUUUAAUAUAUGCUGUUGUUUUAAUGGGAUGUUUUAGUGUUAUGAUUCUUUAGUUAAUGUAGG